GGCCCAAACCAUCGACGUCAGCACCUCCCUUCCCAUCCCUGUAUGCCAACAUCCAUAUCAGCAUCCAUAACAGCACCGUUGAAAGGCAAUAGCAGAAACAAUAGCGGCUUGACCUCACCUGACCUGACCUAGACGCAAACACGCGCACUUGCACCCAUAUUCCACACCCAUACCUGCCAUCGCAAAUCAAGUCGCAAACUGAUCAUCCAACUACGCGGCCCUGUUGUCAAUCCCCGUGGCCGCUCUUACCGCCCCUGCGACAUUGUCAGCAUAGUGCACCUAGUCAUUAUGUCUGACGACACAUCCGCGCAGCCUGCUGUGGUACAACCCACAGUAACUCCAUCGAGUGCUGGUGCCGGUACUGCUCCUGCUGCCGAUAGUUCGGCUCCCGACUCCGUCGCGCCCGUUGCUGUCACGAAAAAUCCUGAGACUGAUGAAUCUGGGGUUGACGCUUCGGAUAACACCGAGAAUCAAAAGACCACGUCAGAAGAAGAAAAGCUAACUGUGGUGUCCCAGCCUCCAAGCCCGAACCCUCUGUCGCGGCCUCCGCCCCCGAGAACAUGGCCGAUGUUCAUAUUCAAAAGGAAGACGACAAACCAACCACGGAAGGCGCUGAACCAGCUGCCGAUGCUGGCGAUAAUGAUAUCAAUGAUUCUGCUCCAGCUACUACCAAGUCGCAACCACGCCGCAAGUCCACUAGUGUGACGGAUAAGGGGAAGAAGCUCAAUAGGAAAGCCUCGAAGGCUAAGGUUCUACAUCUCGAUGCAAAGCCCGGCGACCACUACUUUGCCAAGCUAAAAGGCUUCCCCCCAUGGCCUGUUGUCAUUUGCGAGGAAGACAUGCUUCCGCACAAUAUGUUGAACUCAAGACCCGUUACAGCUUCUCGCCCAGAUGGAACAUAUCGAGAAGAUUUCGCCGAUGGUGGUAAACGCGUGGCAGACCGCACGUUUCCAGUUAUGUACCUUCACACCAAUGAGUUUUCUUGGACUCCCAAUACGGAUCUAAGCGAGCUCGAUGCCACCACGGUGGCUGAUGUAAUAACGACCAAGAUGCGCAAGGAUUUGCAAGCUGCUCAUCUGCUUGCCGCGGAGAGCCAUGACUUGGACUACUACAAGAAUGUGCUCCGUGAGUUUGAGGAACAGCGCCUCGCAAAAGCUGAGGCCAAGAAAUCCAAAGUCAAGACCCCAAAGAAGUCCAGCAAGGCGGUCGACGAUGAUGGCGACGUUGAUAUGGACGAUGUCGAAAACGAGGCUGAGGAGUCUACUGAGAAGAAGCCUAAGUCGAAGAAACGCAAAGCUGAAGACGAGAGCAAUACUCCCCAACGGUCCGAUUCGGUGAAGAAACCGAAGAUAAAACUUACCGGUACUUCAACUCCUAAAACUGCCAAUGGCAUCCAGUCGCCCGCAACCAAAGACUCUGCCAAGUCAGCUAAGGCAAAAUCCAAGUCUAAGGGCAGCAAGGAGGCAGAUAACAAGAAAGAGAAGGAGCCAGCGGCGCCCAAAGAGCCCGAGUUGACGCCUGAAGAAAGACGUGCUCGGAAGGAGAAAGAAAUAUUGUUUCUGCGACAUCGUCUUCAGAGAGGGCUUCUACCUCGUGAAGGAUCGCCUGUGCCGGAUGAGAUGAAGCAGGUAUCUGACUUCUUAGCCAAACUUGAGACAUUCCCCGAUCUUGAUGUUAGCAUCAUUCGAGCGACCAAGAUCAACAAGGUGCUCAAAGCGAUCCUGAAGCUCGAGUCAAUUCCGAAGGAGGAAGAAUUCCGAUUCAAGCCUCGGUCUCAGACACUCUUAGACAAGUGGAAUAUACUCUUGGCGAGCGAUGGUGGACCAGCCCCUACAGCAGGGUCAUCUUCGGCGAACGCAAACGGUGUUAACGGAACUACUGGUGCAGCUGGCAAAGCCUCUAAAGACGCGGCCAACGGUGUUAAGGAGAGUAGUGGAGAAAGCAAGACCAAUCUUGAGAAGACAUCAUCAAAGGCUAAGAGCACAGAGCCUGGGGAUAAAACUUCUAGCGAAACCAAAGAAGAAGCUGCCGAUACAGAGAAGACCACGGAAACAGAAGCUGAAACGGCAGCCAUCACGGCCGAUAAGAGUGCUUAAACACACAGGGUAGUUGGCCGAUAUGAAUGCGCUAGAAGAAGGUAGAACAUGAGGCGUUUUGGAGCAUGCCGUAUGGUGGUCGGUAUGGCUGGAACAUAGCACACGGGACGCAGUUCCGCCAACACGGUGCUAAAGGGGAGGAGGCAUAUAUUGCUAAGAUAUACAGUAUAGCUUAGCGUG